CGCGGUCGCCAUGUUGUUCCCUCCUCCCAGGACAGGGUAGCUGGAGCUGGAGCCUGAGCGGACCUGCGCCGCCCCCUCCGCCUCCCGCGCUCGCUGGAUCACCGACCCUCGCUGCGUCUUCUCUGCAGCCCGCCGAACCGGAGCAAAGCUUGCGGGCGACCUCCGUGUGGCCGUCAGAUAAUGAUGCUAAAACUGAAUUAGUAAGGUAAGAUCCGAAGCCAAAGCUCAUAACCUUAGUAAUGGCAGGAAAAUCAUCACUUUUAAAAGUAAUUCUCCUUGGAGAUGGUGGAGUUGGGAAGAGUUCUCUUAUGAACAGAUAUGUAACUAAUAAGUUUGAUGCCCAGCUCUUCCAUACAAUAGGUGUGGAAUUUUUAAAUAAAGAUUUGGAGGUGGAUGGACAUUUUGUCACCAUGCAGAUUUGGGACACGGCUGGUCAAGAGCGGUUCCGAAGCCUGAGGACGCCCUUCUACAGAGGCUCUGACUGUUGCCUGCUCACUUUUAGUGUUGACGACUCACAGAGUUUCCAGAACUUGAGUAACUGGAAGAAAGAAUUCAUAUAUUAUGCAGAUGUGAAAGAGCCUGAAAGCUUUCCUUUUGUGAUUUUGGGCAACAAGGUCGACAUAAGCGAAAGGCAGGUGUCCACAGAAGAAGCUCAAGCUUGGUGCAGGGACAACGGUGACUAUCCUUACUUUGAGACAAGUGCGAAAGAUGCCACCAAUGUUGCAGCGGCCUUUGAAGAAGCAGUUCGAAAAGUUCUUGCCACUGAGGAUAGGUCCGAUCACUUGAUUCAGACAGACACUGUGAAUCUUCAUCGCAAGCCCAAGCCUAGCUCAUCCUGCUGUUGAUCCCUAAGCAGAUGGUGGGUGCAGUUUGCCCAACUCACACCUACACACAUGGUGAGCAUGAGGGUGGAGAAGACCUGUAGGGUUUGCAGCACUGUGUCGUGUACUAAUAAAAUUAAUGUACGUCACUGCUUCAUUAGUUGGGAGAAGGGACACAUCCACUCUGGAGCAAUCCAUUUACCCAGUAAUGGCACCUUGCCUUUCUAAAUUGUAACAGUUGUCUAACAAAUGUCUCUUUAAAUAUGUACGUUAGAGCUAAUGAAAUGACCAAGACUUUAAUUA